CCGUGUCUAUCUCUUCCCCGCCAGACCCGCAGGCUAGAACGAUGAUCCCUCGACCGCUGUAGCCUCGCGUGCUGUGGGCGACACGUCUGGCGAUGCUUCACCGUCCGACUCUUCGCCAGAGACAAACUCAUUCUGCCGCACGUGAGCAAAGGCCAGGUGGGCGCGGGCGCCUCGUGGCUGCGCUUCACCACCACAGGGCCCUCGGUCGAUAAGAGGCGCCGACAAGGAACGCCUAAAUGGACGGGGCAAGACAACACACAAUGUGCACAAGCCGCAACCGGCCGGCUGUCUGUCUCUGUGUUGUUUACCUCAUGUAGGACCAGCGAGGGCCCUCCCUGGCCACAUCCAGGUGAGUGCUGCUCUCGUCGCCCGACACAGCCGUGCGGUCCCCGAGGCCGUCAGAGUAUGUGGGCGUCACCAACACCGACAUGCCGCGCGAGUACAGAGGCAGGCUGCCCCUCUUCAGCAGCCGCAUGCCAUCGGGAAGGUCGGGCAGCGCCGCGUCGGGCAGGCUGACGGCUGACUGAGCCACCAACAGAGGGACUUGGGAAUCCCUAGAUGGGCUGGAGGCGCCUGUGUCGGUCAGCUUGCCAUCAUGAUACGCCGCAUUGCCGUCCGAGAGAGACCGGAACACCGGCUGUCCCACUGGCGCAGCCGGCCUCGUUUGCUGCGCUAUCGUCGCUGCCUGUUGCUGCCGUCUUCUCUCCCCCUUGUUCCCCUCCUCUGUCGCGGCAACGAUUAGCGGCACCAACCCCCUCUGUGACGACACAUCCACCACGUAAUCGUGCGGAUGCGGCGGCCCCGAUGGCUCCACCAUGUACACGCGCCCCUCGGUGCCCAUGGCAAUGUCGACCGGCGAGGUGGGGGACCGGCGGUACGCCGACCUGCUGCCAGAGCCCUUCUUGCUGCCAGAGUCGCUCUUCUGAGGCCUUCUCUGCAGGAUGACGGGGACCGACAGAGCGCCAGAUGGGAGGGGUGGGAGGGGUGGGGACACCAGGGCUGGCACGGCUGAGUCGUCCUCUUCCGCCGCGUCGCCUUGGUUGCCGAUUGAGGGCGGCAGCGUGUCGCCGCGGUGCUGCCUCCUGCGAUCGCUGUCGGUCUUGGCUUGCGACAGCACGUCGUCGUCGGUGGGCUCCUCAGGCCGCUUCCAUGAGAUCUUGUGAGUGACACGUGGGUGGGAGUCGGCCCGCUGCCUCUGGAACUCGCUGCUGAGGGGGCUGGGGACCUCCUUGACGAGCAGACUGUGCCGGCGGAUGCGGAAGGCCUUGUGCUCCUCGUCAGAUGUGUCGGACGACAACACCUCAUCCGCCUCCUCGUCCCCCUGUUCAUGCGAUACCGCCGCAUCAACCGCCGACUGCUCGCCCACCAUGGCCAUAUCCUGAUCCGACGCUGCCGGUGCUGUUGCUGCAGCUGCCGACGACGGCGCCGAUCCGUCCAGCCAGCGAAUGCCGUUGUGUUGCGCCGUCUCGCCCUCCACCUCCAUGGCCUCUUCAGGCUUGCUGAUGUCCUGCAGUGGCGACUCGACCGGGCUCAUCAAGUCGGGGGAUGGCCGCGGGGUCCAUUCGCGAGACGGGCUGGUGGUGCGGCCCUCCGGCGACAGGGGGCUCGUGGGCGCAUUGCCGGCCUCCUCACUCGGCUUGGUCUCCUCUGCGAUGGUCUCGGGCAGCCGCGGGUUCUUGCGUGAUGCGGCAUGGGGCAGAGGAGGGAGGCUGGGUGCGAUGGCGGAUGGGGGGCAAACGGCGGCCUUGCCGGGUGCCGACGAUGCGCUGGACCAGAUGGUCUGGAAGGCGGUCGAGAGAUUGCGGAGGCCGAAGACGUACUCCUCGUCGGGCGUCGGGUUGUCUGAGGGAACAACGGUAAGGAGAAAUACAUGAGAGGCGGUGAUUGUGGUUGCGCUUCCCACACGCAAGCACCCACCUGACAGAAAUAUCGUGUUGGCGAAGUCAAUCAUCCGCACGUCGAGCGACUGCAUCCAGCCCAGCAACACACCGAGAGAAGAGAGCCACUGUGCCAUCGAAUGCAUGAAAUGAGUGUGGAUGCUGCCUGUCUAUCGUACCUUGACCAUUUCUCUGGGGUUAUCGAGGCCCCCGUCAUAGACAAUGAGGAGGGACGAUGACCAGAACCGAUAAUGACGCAACUCAGUCACACCUGAUGCACAGACAGACAACACAUACACACCCACCCGAGAUGAUGACACAUCCAUGCAUCUCCGUCCCUCUCUGUUCAUUCACGCACAUUGCUGCAGGAGCUGCAGUUUCUCGAGCAGCGGUGGGAACAGGUCGGUGUAGAGCUCGCUGCCAUUCCAGAAGCCCAGCUGAAGCGCCGCCUGCACCUUGUCCUUGGUCACACGCCGGCCCCAAUACUUAUCCAGAAAACACAACGAAUCGCUCUUGCGGUCGUAAUACUGCACGCACACACGCAGGCAGCGAGAAGCAACGCAUCUCUCUCUCUCUCUCUCUGUGUGUGUGUGUGUGUGUGUGUACCUGGCAUCCGCACAGCCGGAAGCCGAGCGCCCCACUGGUGGUGGAGAGGCUCUUCUCCAGCUGGCGCUUCUCCUUGUCGGGGGAGCUGCCCAUCUUACGCUGACGCUUACCCAUCUUGAUAUCCAACACACACUAUACAUACCAACACACAGACGACACAAAGCACAUGUGACCGACGGAGGGCUUUUCUCUUCUCUGUUCUGUUGGUCUGUUCUUCUCAGUUUUCCCACUGACCGGUUUGAUGAAUCCAUCGACCAGGUCUUCGAGUAUGAUGUGCCUCGACUGCUCCGGCUGCAUGGGCCCAUCCAUCAUGUCGGUGACGGGCGGGGUGAUGGCCGCCGUCACCUCCACACUCCCGUAGUACUUGGGCACGAACUUCUUGAGAAUCUGUAAAGGGCCCGACUCCAUGCUCGACGAACCCAACGCCGACAACUGACCCACACACCAACACACACAGCCAAAGAGAGAGGCGUCGUGGACGCACACGACUUUCAGUGUGUGCCUGCCUGACUUGAGUGACUGACCUUCUCGUAGAAUCUGGAUUCGUUUUCGCUCCAUGGCUUAUAAAUCUUGCAGCUUGACUUGGGCUUGAUGAGCCGCGAGUGGCCGCCCACCUGGUGGCGGUACGGCUCGACGUCGGUCGGAAGUACCAACCGCAUCGAUGAGUCCAGGCGGUCGUGGCAACGCUGGCGGGGGAUGUCGUGAGCUCAAAAUGGGCACGGCGAAGCAUCACUGGAGGGGACACCCGUCCUGUCGGUGCGCAAGGGUCUCCCAGCGCCCUCUGAAGCUCUGACUGAAGCAUUGACAGACAUCGACACAGAGGAACAUGCAACAGCACUGAUGUGUGGCAUUCUUCAUCUUUCCCACCCUCUCAGUCACUCCAGUUGCGCAACCUUCGUCUUUUUC